AUGCUGCUCCGGACCCCGCGCGCACGUCGGAUUGCCUGGGACAACGCGAAUCGCACGCAAUGGCGAAGAAUACCGCUGCGAUGCUAUUCUUCAGCCAAUUCGGUGGAUCCGCCAUGGUUCCAAGAGCUGCGCACCGAAAUGUUGCAGCGAGACGCCAUACACCUUCCUGAGUUCAUCGCCACUCCGCACGAAUUCAAGCUAUCGCAAACCAUCUCGGGUUUCUUACCUGAAGAAUGGUGCUAUGCCCCCGGUGUGCGUAGUCGCAUGGUGCCGUUUGGCCAUCACUUGAUAUGGUUCAAUCCCGCGGUGCGGACAACCGAAUUACUUCCAGAUGGAACAGACGCGUCGCAGAGCCCGGGCGGGUCAUGGGUGCGGCGCAUGUGGGCUGGCGGCUCGAUACAAGUACGACCCGACGAGUAUUACGACCGUAACCGCGGCUUUAGAGUCGAUUUUCCAAUGUCUGGGACGGAGCACAUAAAGCAUGUCCGACUGCACGGAGAAGGCGACACUGCCAAGAUCUUUGUCACUAUCGAGCGGCGCUUUGCACGGGUGGACAUUCUAGGGAGAACGUACAACGCGAAGCAUGGUAAACUGGGAAAGAAUGGAGGUAAAAAAUUAAAGACUUAUCUCGAGCAGCAGUUGCGAGACGGCGACGAUUGGGGCGACGCCAUCGUGAAGGAGGAGCGUAACCUGGUCUUUUUCAAGGAGCGCCCCGCUGCCGAAUUGGAGGCAGUCAAGGCCGGGCAGAUGGCCACCGUGAAGUAUCUGCAGCCCCCUGGGAAGCCAGACUUCUCCCACGCCCUCACUCCCGACCGCGCCCUUCUUUUCCGCUUCUCUGCUCUUACCUUCAACGCCCAUCGCAUACACCUCGAUCCUGAGUACGCUCGUAACGUCGAAGGCCACCGCAACCUGCUAGUUCACGGUCCUCUUUCCCUGCUCCUCAUGUUGAAAACCAUGAGCCAUUACGUGUAUGCACAGACCGGGGGAAAGCACGAUCUGGAGUCGAUCGAAUAUCGCAAUCUAGCGCCGCUGUACUGCGACGAGGAGAUGCGCAUAUGCGGCUUGGAGAAGAAGAAAUUGCAACAUGGCAGUAUAUACGAUGUAUGGAUUGAGGGGCCGACCGGAGGCGUUGCUGUCAAGGGCACUGUUUACACCACAGUAAAGAAUACUAAGCCGAAACCGCUGGGACCCGGCUCUAGGAGGCCAGACAUUACAGCACUCAAUGCUGCCGCCAAGAAGACUACCACGACUCCUGAGUCCUCGACGGGUUCUGAGCCUGUAUCUCAACCCCAAGGUGAGACUCCAAACAAAUCUACCCUCAGUGAAACUACUUCUCAACCAUCAUCUAGAGAAGUAAACCCACCGACCGCACAAACAACGAGCCGAGCGCCCCGUCGCAAGCGCGCCUCCAACACCACGGCCUACAACUUCAUUUCCCUCCCUCCCAGCAAAGCACCGUCUGCUCGCGUCGUCGAAUCGUACAAGCCAGUAAAACCGACGAUAUCGAUACGUUCAAGGGAAAUCAUACGACGCGCUCGUCGGCGUGCCCCGAAGGAGAUUCACGUCAAGCCUAUACCGCUGGUUCGCAGGUUCGAUGCGACACCGUAUACCCCAGACCCUGUUCGCACGGCUUCGAGACAUAGCAGAUAUUUGAGGGAGGGCGCUAGGAAGAUCGAGAAGCCUAGUGUUCGCUUUGUUGCGGAGCAGCUGUCUGAGCGUGCGGCGCUGAGGAAGAGGAUUGGCUUUAGAUAUGUCCAUCGGUGA